ACCAGCCCCCCCACCAAAAAAAAAGCAGCAGACUGCGAGGUAAAGCCGAAUGGAAGGAGGGCAAGGUUUAGUCGCCGCUGCAGCGUGUGCAUCUCACACAUUGUAGCGUGCCUCGUACAUUGUAACGUGUCUCAUACAUUGUAGCGGGCUGCUGGCGUGUCUCAUACAUUGUAGCGGGCUCUUGGCGUGUCUCAUACAUUGUAGCGGGCUGCAGCGUGUGGCUACACUUGUCCCAUUGUUGCACAUCGGUGGAGAGCGGCGCUCGCAGAUGGAAACAUCGGCGGCGAUCCUUGUGCUGGAAGUUUGGCCGGCGAGCGCCAUGAAUGGAGCUAUGUUACACUGAGGAAUGAAGGAAAACUCCUGCAACCCGCCCCCCGUUGUCCGCAGCCUGAGCCCGGGGACAGCAGCGUGAAGAAAGAAGGCGACAGUCAGGAGAACUUUGCUUUAACUUAUUCUUUACUACCCAUUUUCUCACUUUUUUCGACUUUUUUUUUGUUUGUGAGCCGUGUCGCUCUACUUGCACCGGGAUUUGUGUGUGUGUGUGUGUGUGUGUGUGUGUUUUUUAAUUGGUAGCAAUGGGGGCUGCUCGGUUUGGGACCUUGCUUCUCCUCCUCGCCAACAGGCUGUGCGGUGUUCGCGCCGCCUCGGGGGAGUAUUGUCACGGCUGGUCUGACAGUAACGGCAGCUGGCACGCCGGCUUCCAGUGCCCCGAGAGAUACGACGGCCAGGAGGCCACCUUGUGCUGCGGCUCUUGCGGUCUCAGGUAUUGCUGCUCGCUCCUGGACAACCGCCUGGACCAGGGCGUCUGCGACAACGACAGGAACGUCCACCAGGAGCCGGGAACCCAAGGGAAAUCUGCAUCAGUUCCCAUGUAUUUGCCGUUCCUCGUCGUCGGUUCCAUUUUUGUGGCCUUCGUCAUAGUUGGUUCGUUCAUUGCCAUUUGCUGCUGCAGGUGCUUGAAGCCAAAGCCCGAGGAGACCCAUCAGGAAGCCCCCACCCAGAACCGAUUGCUGGAGCCCAUUCCCCCGACGGGCAUCAGAACCCCUUCACGCCACUCCACCUCCAGCACCACCACCACUUCGACCCGGAGCUCGAUGGGGCGGCAGAACAACAUCUGUUCCAUGGGCACGGAUGCCAUUAACCUCUACAUGAACAUGCCCACCAACUUCCCCAUCGUGGGGUGUCACCAAGCUCAACAGUUCUUGCCUUCCCAAUCCACAGGGAAUCCUUUCCUACCAGCACAAUAUCUCAGCUAUGGGAUCCCUCCGGAUCAUACAUUAGUCAUGGCUUCUGCAUACGUGGAUAGAACAGGGUAUGCACAACAGCCCAACAAUCCUUAUACAACUGGGCCAUUAAAUGCAGACCAGCUGAUGUACCCAACUGUGACUCUGUAAGAUUCAUCUGCGAAAAGGACUUGAGUUUUCACGGAAUCUUUAACAUGUUCUGUGUUGAUAGAAAUUGAAAUAUUUAGUCAAAGCCAAUAAUUUAAAUAGUGUUCCUUCAUUUUAAUCUUACCGCAAUAUGUGAACUUUUAAUGCUGCAUUUUCUGCUCCUCUCACUGGAAUAACUGAAUCGUUACAACGUUAUUUGUUCCAUUGAACAAAGUGCUGGAGGAACUUAGCGGGGUCAUAAACACAUGGAACAGCACAGGAACAGGCCCUGUGGCCCAUUGUGUCUACGCCAAACAUUAUCACAUGUUCAACUACUUUCCUCUGUCUGCAUGUGAUCUAUGUCCCUUUUCCAUGCAUGGUCAUGUGCAUAUUUGAUCUGCUUCCAACACCCACUCCUGGCAGUGUGUUCCACAUGUGUGUGUGUGUG